AUGUCUCCCACUCCCAGCGCCAAACUCGGAAGCGAUCGUGCUGAGAUGGAACAUAUUCAACCAGCCAUGAGCAUUCCCUUAUCUCCUGAGCUAUUUCAGCAGUUGUAUUUGCAGCCGCAGAACCAAGUCAAAGGGGAUCUUCGCAAGACGUUUGGUAAUCCGACACCAAUUGCCUUGGCUGGAUUCUUGCUAUGCACUACCCCGGCAUCCAUGUCGUUACUCGGAUGGCAGGGUGCCGGAGGGUUCGCUGCUGCCGCAAACGUUGGCGUCUACUUCGGUAUAGGCGGUCUGCUCCUGAUCGCAGGAGGGAUAGGUGAAUGGAUCCUCGGUAAGCAAAACCCCUCCACUAUCGAUAAUCUCACUGACGUCUCGCCAGGAAAUACAUUCCCAUCCACGAUCUUCUUCACGUUCGGCGGUUUCUGGCUCGCCUUUGGUACAACUAUCGUCCCCGGCUCUGGCGCCUACAGCACAUACUCGACCACCGGUACAGCUGCCGACGGCCUCAGCGAGCCCGCCUUCUAUGCGACCUUUUCUUUCUUCCUAGUAGCCAUGGCUAUCUUGUGCAGUGUUUAUUCCAUAGCGAGUAUCCGAACAAACAUCGCCCUGUUCACUAUCCUUGUUCUUCUUAUUCCUUGCUUCGGCUGCCUCUCUGCUUCGUUCUUCGCUCUUGCUCAAGGUUCUGCCGGUCUUGCUCUGAAGUAUCAGCACGUUGGAGCUGGUUUGCUCCUGGCGGUUACGUUUAUCGGUUGGUAUAUGUUGACUUCGAUGCUUCUUCUGUCAGUCGACUUUCCCGUCAUUCUACCCCUCGGGGACUUAUCCACGAUCAUUCGUGGUCGCUCGGAGACAAAGCCCAUCAGCAAGGGUGUCUAG